GAGUGGGGAAAAUGUGUUUUGGAGUGCGUCUUGGAUGUAUUUCAUCACCAGAUCAAACGAUCAAAACAGAAACGAUGCAGCACGUAGAAACAUUUCUGGACUGUUUUGGGAACCAGUUUUACAUAAUGCCAUGGUAUAAACUGUUCAAAACGCCGUUUUAUCGGAAGUAUGCGAAUUCUGCAAACUAUCUUAAAAGACAGACGGAGAAAUACAUAACAGAGCACAAGGAACGUAUUCAGUCUGAGAAUAGAGAAGAAAUUGAUCCAAGUCUUCUUGGCGACUUGUUACCCGAUCCAAACAUGACGACUGAGGAUAUUACCAAAACGCUGAUGGAUGUUUUUGUUGGUGGUAUUGAUUCGACAGCAGCAAACAUGACAACUUUGCUUUACAAUUUGGCGAACAACCCAGAGAAGCAAGAUAAACUGUUUGAAGAGUUGGAAACACAUGUUUCUAAAGCAGGUCCUAUCGAUGAAACCGUUCUUUGCCAACUGAAUUACCUUAAAGCAUGCUUAAAAGAGUCGUUCAGACUGGUAUUUCCUGUUCCGGUUGGUACAGCGAGAAACUUGGAUAAGGAUAUUACAAUAAAAGGCUUCCGAAUACCUGCUUUCACUAACAUUGUGUUUUGCUCUGGAAUCACCUGUCAGGAUAGGCAAUACUUUGAUAAGCCUGAAGCUUUCAUUCCGGAAAGAUGGUUACGCAAUAGUGACGGAUAUUCUCCAACACAUUCAUUUGCUCAUAUUCCAUUUGGGUACGGGCCACGGAAGUGUAUUGGACAGACUUUUGCCGAGACUGAGAUUCAUAUCUGCACUGCAAAACUGUUGCGCAAUUUCCGCCUGAUAUUACCAAAGGAAUGCAGUAAAAUAAUCUACAAGGACAAAACAUUUCGAACACCUGUCACUCCAGUAUCUUUUAUCGUUGAAAAUAGAUAACCAAUAAUUCAAUGCAAUUACGUUGAAAAUUUUUGUACAUUUUCAUAUUAAGCAUAACAUUUUAAA